UUUAAAAAUACACGUUUAUAGAGAAGUCACUGCUCCACAUGCUUGACCAUUGACCGCACAGUCGCACACCACCACCACCAGGUGCACCACCGCCGUCGCGACCAAACAACCACGACGGAGCUCUGAAGAAAGAAUGAAAGAAAGCAUUGAAGAGGUUUGUAUCUGAGGCUUGAACUUCUAUCAAACCUGGUUACAAAAUCACACAGAUAUUUACGGCAGUGUGUGUGCGGCUGUGGUGGUGGAUAACGUCGUAAUUUUUUACGGAAACCGAUUCUCCCUCUCUUUCAAUCGUAUGCCUACAGAUAAAGCUAUUCGAGAAUAACAAAAGCUACACAGUUAGCUCAAAGUAGUUGUUCAUAACACCACUAGUCGGUUCACGGAUAUUCAUCGGUCUCGAUUCUCGUGAUAUGCCCUACCAAAAGAUCAUCAAAGGUGAUUGAUAUACGAUUCAACCUAAAAGUGCGUGUGGUAUGGUGGUCCUUUUGAAGUAAACAGCAACCUGUAAAGUUUCCCCCCUUAAAAAGGGACAUUUAGAGUUCCUUUUGGCCCCUUUUUAUUUAACUCAAAUUACACCCACACAUAAAGCCUCAAUAGAGUCUCACUUUAGCAUGCGAGAAGUGGAUCUUCUGGAUAAAGGAGAUAGAGGUACUGAUACUCAUAACUGCAGAAUAUGAAGAAGAAAGCUUGUGGUUGUAGUAACAGUGAUAAAGAUGAUCCGAAGCAGAAAGAGAGGCACAUAGUUUCAUGGUCUGAAGAGGAUGAUGAUAUAUUAAGGGAACAAAUUCGUAUUCAUGGAACCAAUAAUUGGGCAAUUAUUUCAUCCAAGUUUGCGAACAAAACUACAAGGCAAUGCAGAAGAAGAUGGUUUACUUAUUUAAAUUCUGAUUUCAAAAAAGGAGGAUGGUCACAUGAGGAAGAUAUGCUCUUAUGCCAAGCCCAAAAGAUUUUUGGCAACAGAUGGACUGAGAUUGCAAAAGUGGUUCCAGGAAGGACAGACAAUGCUGUGAAGAAUCGGUUCUCUAUCUUAUCUAAGAAGAAAGCAAAGUGUGACUCAUCAACUAAAGAGAACAACAAUGGAGUUAACAUGAAUACCAAUAACAAAAGAACAAGACAAAAUACAGAUAAAGUUUUGGAAACUUCAAUGCAACAUAUGAAUAUAAGGAGGAAACAAAUUGUUGCUACAAUGGAAGAUUGUUGUAAUACUAAAGAGCAGAAAGUAAGACCUCCAUUUGUGGUAAUAUGUAUGAAACCCUGUAUAGAAGAAUCUAGUGGAAAUACAGUUGAAGGAAAAUCUCUCAUUGAAUUAAAUCAAGGAUCCCCCGAAACUAUUUCAUCUAAAACAAUUGAGAAAGCAAAUGAUUUAUGUGAUGGACGAAAAUGCCCCUUGCCAAAUUCAGAGUUCAAUUCUCCACUCCAAGUGACUCCAUUGUUUAGAUCAAUGGCAGAAGGAAUUCCAAGCCCACAGUUUUCAGAAAGCGAAAGGAACUUCCUGCUCAAAACACUUGGAAUGGAAUCAGCAAUUCCGAAUCCCACCUCCAGAACCUCACAGUCUCCACCUUGCAAAAGAGCCCUACUCCAUUGCCUUUAAACCAAAACCUUUCUAGAUUCUAUGGAAUCAGUGAUUCCAGUGUUUUAUUGCAUCUUGUUUUUUUAGUGUGUUUGGUUUUUGGGGGAAUUCAGAUUCUGGUAUUUGAUAUUCCCAUCACAAGGAUUUGGCUUGAAAUACGUCGAAUUCUGUACAGAACAUUUUUUUUUGUGUGUGUUUGAGAGUGUGAGUAUACAUCGGCAUAUAGCUGAUAAUUACAUUUAUGCCCCCCAGUAUACAUAUAGUUAGGGAAGAGAUGGGGGUAGUUAAAGUAUAAAAAGAGAGUGAAUUAGACUCCUGUUGUUUAUUUCUUUUUGGUCUGUAUUGUAGUGUAUGGAUUUUCGUCAUUUGAUUGGUUUUCAUAUAAUAUAUGAUUUUUGUGUGC